UUGAUUUUAAAAGUUUUAAGUAAAGGUACACAAUCAAUAUACAUAUUUCAUUCAAAUAGUUAACCAUGUCUACUUAAAGGAAAGCUCCAAAUUUAUAAACCAAAUACAAUGUAAGCAUUGUUAAAGCAUUGUCUCUAUAAACUGGAAUUUCCAUGGGUUUUCCAAUUCUUUAAUAGAACAUGGAACAAAAAAUGACUGUCGUGUGGUAAGAUGGAGGGAAAUAUAAAACACUCAACGUUAAAGAACAUGGCAGCACCUGAACCCUCGAGAGAAUCUUCUUUAAAAACAUCUCAACCAGACAAUGAAUAUACCACUGAAAAUUUACCCCCAGCACAGCCUGAAACCCGACCCAAACAAGGCCAACCGCUACAGGAAACAUUAUCAUCUGACCCGGGCAAUGAUAGUCGUGUGGUUCAUCAGUCAGGGCUACCAGAAGAUAUCUAUGCUGUGUCUGUGCACGUGUGUGAGGUUAUGGACAAGAUAGGCUACAGUGACGCCAUGGUCAGAUACCGACAGGAGAGUUACAGAAACAAUGAUUUUUCAGAGCUGAACAUGAUCGUUACUGGCAGUAAAGGCGAGGGUUUAUCUACCCCUUAUGAGAGUGACAUUGACUUUCUUUUCCUUAUGAAAACAAUCCUGUGUAGAAUACCUGGAUAUGCCAGCCUGCAACUACCGGACAUCAACACUGUUUGCAUCAUGGAUGGCGAACACUGCCACCCAGGACACUUCUGGCUUGAACUCGACCACUUGGGAACAGUAGAAGAGACUAAUAUUAAAGCUACUUUGUUUGUUCAUACCAAUGGAAAAGCUUAUCUCUCAAGUCAGAAAUUGAAAGAAAUACAAAACCAAACUAAACACACUACCUCAGUAUCAGGUCCAGCUGUAACAUACACCUGUCAAUAGCUUAGCUCAGACACUGUGAUUGCUCUUCCCAUUCAACAACAAAUGCUCUCAGAGUGGACCAGCAGACUAAGGCUCCACAACUGGCCAUCCCCUGAACUUAUACAGGAAAUUUCCGAGCUACCAGCCUACCUUGUUCCAGUUGGCUGUAAGAACAGUAAAAACAAACACAUGGAGUGGAGAGUGUGCUUUAUAGGUGAACAGAAACUCACAAGCAGUUUUACAGAAUGCCAGUAUAAACUGUACAUCAUUUUCAAAUUUCUUAUGAAAGAAGAACUAAAGUCAAUCUGUGAUGAAAUGUCAUCCUACAUUGUAAAGAAUAUCGUAUUUUGGUUUAUUGAAUCAACUCAGCAAGAGUUAUUUUCCAAAGAAAAUAUGAUUGAACAUCUCCUUUCUUGUCUGCAAAUGCUACAACAAGCAAUCAGGGAUAAUCAUCUUCCUUACUACAUGAUCCCUGGCAGGAACCUGCUGAUAGAAAGAAUCAACCAGCUACAACAACAGCAGCUAAUUGCUAAGCUGGAUGCGCUGAUACAGGAAGGUCCCCGUGUAAUACUGAGAUGUCCUAAAGUCCUUGAAGCCCUGUAUAAUAUGUCUCCAACUGAGCUGACAAAGAAAGGCCAUUGGAGGGACAAGCUUGAAAAGCUGUGGCUGGAGUGGCAAAACAUAGUAACAAAUAAGGAUGAGGAUGGGAAGCAGCUGCUAAAGAAAGAUCCAUACUUUAUCACUGUGACAGAGAGGAUGUAUGACACAGUCUGGCCAUUGUGGAGACUGUACCAGAAAGAGGGUAUUUUAGAUAUAGUGGAAAGAAAAAUUUAUUAUGCACUGUUAUAGACAUACAUGUUCAUGUAUACAAGUAGGGCAAACAUGAUUAAUUUUGUUAGGGUUAGUAACAUCAUUUUCAAUAAAUGUAUGGUAGACUUUUAUUUCUUCACUUUAUUUUUAUAAAUGGCAUUAUGUGAGAACGUUAUUGCCAUCAUAGGAGAACUGUGUCUAAGUAAUAUUCUGUAUAAAGCUUUUAAGGUUUUAACUACAUUAUAAAACACACAACAUUUUUAAAUAGUUCUUUCUUCACCAACUGACUAUAAUAAAGUUCGGUCUGCGACUAUUUCAUAGGUAAGGUCGGGUAACCCAAACCAAAUCGUUUUUUAGGCCUAGUGUAGGCUGUUGCAAAUUUUGACAUUAUGGCAGGUGACUUUGUUUUGAGUUGCUAUGAUACAUGUCAAACUUUUAUCUAUGUUUUAAAACUGAAAUGUAAAGUCAAGCUCCGGUUAGCCCAGUAACACUUAAUGAAAUAUGAUAUGUUUAGAUAUAAAAAUUGUAGGUUUAUGAAAUAGUUUUGCUAUAAAAAAAAAUCCAUAGUACCGGUAGUAAUUUAGAACUGUUGUAUAUUUUCUGAUAAAUUGAUCUUCAUAUAAGCAUUAUGAUCCUACUUUUUCAUUAUUAACUAUUACUCAUUAUUGAGUAAUCUUGAUGAAGGAUCAUAUAAUUUCAGCAUCAUCAAAGUCUAUUUUUGUUACCAGUGAUUUUUUAUGCAAUAUUGUCAAAUUUAGUAUCAAAUUAAUUGUCUUGAAAUGUAGAGUCCAAAUAUAGCAAUUGUAUUUGAGUGACCCUAAUGAUCAAAUAACUUGUGUAGGGUUUUAUAAUAGGAUUAUUAUUAAUAAUAACUUUAGUGUUAUGUAAAUUACUAAAAUCCAUGUUUAUGUUUCUCUAAACUUGUUACUUAAAGAUGGUAUGUGACAAAAUUAAUGUAGCAUUCUAUUCGCAAUUUCAGUAUUUCUAAAGAAGACAAUUUAGAAAGAUAUGUCUGUGCUUUCAUUAUGUUGGACUUUAAAAUUAUAUUGAACCUAUCACUUGCAAGUGAGUAUUCCCAAAAUAUUGUUGAUUUGAAUAGUACUUAAACAUCUGGCCCCAAUUUCUCGAAACUUCAUAAGCUUAAUAGGCAUAAGUAGCUUAUUUCAAUUAGCCAAAAUACAUACUUAAAUAGAAUUUUGUUAAAUGAAAAAUUGUAUAUUCUGAUGAUCAUUAUUCCGAUUUAAAGUAUAAAAAAUCUUAAAGAAGUUAACAUUACGCAAUUAAAUGAUAACCAGUAUUAGUGUGCUUAGCUUAAUCCUGUUAUAAGGGACUUAAGAAGUUUCAAGAAAUCGGGGCCUGAAAUUCAUUACAUAUCUCUGUUGUCUAUACACGAUUUGAUUUAUUACUGUUUCUUGUUUGUAAUUAUGAUCAUUCAUGCUUUUGGACUUAUAAAAUAAACAUCAACUUCUAA